GGUGCAGCAUGGUGCCUGGCGAAGGACUGAAUGGGAGCCGGGGGAGCAUGAUCCCAGCCUCUGGCUCUUUUGUUGUCGCUUCUGAGUAACAGAUCUGGUGGGCUUCCCACUUUUGAACUCUGUCCCGUGGUGCCCUCCUACCAGGGCUGGCACUGGGGGUAGAAAACGGGGCAGUUGCCAGGCACCAAUGCCACCGUGUGAAGCUAAGUGAGAUGAUCAGGCUUGGGCGUCAGCUGUGGUUUGUGCUCUUUAGUUGCUGGCUUGGAUGCCCGCAAUGUCAUGCCAGCCGUGCCUCCCACCUAUCCAUAUACCUUUUCCUCCACAUUGGUACAACUGCACAAAAGAACAUACUGCAGGUCUUUUCUCUCUCCAAAGGAGACCAUGGGUUCAUACAAAUAAAGGCUACCUGUGUGGAAGAAAGUUGUGAAAGACGGCUAAGGCAGAAAACGCAUGAAAGCAAAAAAUAAUCCAAGCGAAAGUUGUGCCUGUCAUUGUUACCAUCACUCUGUUGUGUCUACUUAUUGCAGAAGACAGUAGAUCUGAUCAAAACAUUCAUACGUUCAAACAAGGUUUGACUAGUGUCAGGUGGGAAUAGCUACCAAUGCACAAGGUAACUGUAAAAUACAAAUGAAAAAAGACUUUACAACUGAAGAUGAUGUUUUUGUUAGAAAAAGUAAGGUAAUCAACUGACCUUCGCUUUAUCAUUUGAAGAUAAUUGAUCAAGAAGCUUCAUAAAAUGUUGAAAGCUACAGAUAGCUACACCAGAGACCUCCUAAUAAGAUCUUUUCAAGAACCAUGCAGAAAAUGCCGACUGUAAAUAUUCAAAUUUAAAGGAAUUUACACUGGAUAGAUCAUAUUCUAACUGGAUUUCUGAAAAUGAGUGGUACCACUCCUGUUCUUUGUCUCUGUCUUGUUUAUGGAUUAAUGCAACUGCUGGAAGCAUCUAUCCUGAACUGCAUUCCCAGAAAAACAGUAACAUACCACAAUGGAAAUAUUAAAACGUUUAUGAAACCAGGAUUAUCCAAUUUUUCCACACUCUUGGUGAGUGAAGAAACUGACACCUUAUUUGUUGGAGCCAGAGAUGCUAUAUUUGCUCUUGACUUGAAUGACAUCUCAAGAGAAAUAGCCAGUGAAGACUGGUACACAACAAGGGAUAGACAAUUGGAAUGCAUUCGCAGAGGAAAGGACAAAGUAGGCGGAUUGCCGAAACUACAUCCUCCUCCUUCAUAAGAUAAAUGACACUAACUUAUAUGUUUGUGGAACCAAUGCAUUUUAUCCAGCUUGUGAUUACAUGGUCAUCAACAGUACAGAUAUUCAUCUGCAAGGGAAAGCUGAAGAAAGCAGAGGGAGGUGUCCUUUUGAACCUACUCUGAAGUAUGCUUCCUUGUUAGUUGAUAGUGCUUUUUAUUCAGCCACUUCAAACAACUUCUUGGGCACUGAGCCUAUUAUACUUCGCAGUUUGAGAAACCAUGUAAGGACAGAGUUUAAACCAUCUUGGCUAAAUGACCCAAGCUUUGUCUAUAUGGAUAUUGUGCAAGAAAGUGAAUCUAAUCCAGAUGGAGAUGAUGAUAAAAUUUAUGUGUUCUUCACUGAAACAGCUGUUGAAUUUGAAUUCUAUGACAAACUCCUGGUAUCAAGAAUUGCUCGUGUCUGCAAAGGUGAUCUCGGUGGAAAACGCAUAUUGCAAAAAAGAUGGACGUCAUUUUUAAAAUCCAGACUUACCUGUUCCAUUCCAGAGUCGAAUUUCCAGUUUAAUAUUGUUCAGGAUGUCUUUUUAUUGAAGAGAGCAGACUGGCGCGAAAGUGUGUUUUAUGGGAUUUUUACUCAACAGUGGGGAAGGUUGGACAUUUCUGCAGUUUGUGCAUUCAGUAUGAAAACUGUCCAAGAAGUCUUCACCACAGGAAACUAUAAAGGGCCAGUAACUGUGGAACAUUCACAUGUUAAAUGGGUGGUGUUCAGAGGAGAAGUGCCACUCCCACGUCCUGGUGCUUGCAUUGAUAAUUUUGCCCGGAAUAUUGGAUACAACACUUCACUUGAUUUGCCUGAUAAAAUUCUGCAGUUUGUUCGAGACCACCCUUUAAUGGAUAAUGCUGUAAAUCCAAUUGGGGAUAGGCCAGUGCUACUGAAAAGAGGUUCGAAUUAUACCAGGAUUGUAGUAGAUAGAAUCACUGGCCUAGAUAGCAAAACAUAUGAUGUUCUGUUUAUAGGAACAGAUAAUGGAUAUUUGCAUAAAGCUCUCAACUGUGAGGGGGAGAUGUUCAUUGUGGAAGAGAUACAGCUGUUUCAGUCCCCAGCCCCUGUGCAGUCUCUCAAACUGUCUUCGAAAAAGGGUCUGCUGUAUGUAGGAUCUCCAUCUCAAGUGGUACAACUCCCAGUUUCAGUAUGCAGCCGAUAUAAAUACUGCUUGGAUUGUGUUUUGGCAAGGGAUCCUUACUGUGCAUGGUCUAAGUCUUUUGAAAAGUGCAUUCCAGUGGCUAAUCAAACAGGAGACUUGCACGAUUUAAUUCAGAAUGUUAAAAAUGGUGAUCCUUCCAAAUGUCCUAAAGUAGGAAAUAAUGUCAGAGACUGUCCUGUUAGCAUUGGCAACAGUGUUCAUCUUAAAUGUGUGCCCAUGUCCAACCUGGCUAGGAUGGUGUGGAAGUUUAAUGGAAGUAGUCUCCAGGCAGAAGAUUCUAAAUACCUGCUUUAUGAUGGAGGAAUAGUCAUAUUUAAUGUGACGGUAGCUGAUGCUGGAUUUUAUGACUGUCAUUCUGUAGAGAGAGCUAAUGGGAAAGAAUUCCCUGUAUCUAUGGCUAGCUAUGUUCUUUAUAUACAACGAAAUAGUGUUUUCAUUAUUCCUAAUUACACAACAAAUCAACCAAAUGCAGACGCAGCUCUCAAGGUUAAAUCUUUGGUAUCAUCUUCCUUGCUGAAUGACCCAGCAAAAAAAAAAUCCCUGGAAGACCAAAAAGAGAAGCUUAUUUUAAAACUCUUGGGAGCUGGAUUUGCACUCCUUUUUUCUUCUUUGCUGGUUUGGAACUUUUGCAAAGGCCAUCUGUCUCUGCCUUGGAAGAGCAGAGAGAAAAUCUCAAAAACAGCAAAUGCAGAUUGUUUGCCAGGUUCAACAUUGGCUACAGAGGGGCUGGGUGCUAUGAAGAAUUCAGCCAUGCAGACGAACACCUCCACUGUUAAUGAAUCAGUACCACUUGUGAGCUUUCCCUCAGGAGAACGCAGUGCUAACGUACAACACAACACAAGUCUCACAAAGAGAUCUGGAACUUGCAACUCACAAAGCUGUUUGGUUGAAGAGGACACAAUGUUUCCUAUUGACGAAUGUGAAAUGUAAAGUUUGAGUAGGAGUGAAAAGCUCAAAGUCUAGUGAGCCAAGAAGUCUACUCAACAUAGUUUCAUUUCUAGUUGCUGAAUUUGAAAAAAAUUGUUGUUGGUUUUGAUAUUUUUAAACGUGUUGCAGAAAUAAACAUUUGUUAAAAGUUUGUACAAUACUGAGCUCCUUUUAUGUAACACUGUGUGUUGUCGCACCAUUAUAGACAUUAAAAUUGCAGAAGCUGUUAAUAA